CUCUUCCUUAUGAAAAGAGUAUUCACUUAUUACAGUGUUAUACUCUAAUUGCAAUUCGCAGUUGUGAAAAUGAAUAAUACUACGGGUGUGUUUUAUUAUAGCAGCUGUGCGCUGAUUUUAAUAACCUUCGUCUCAUAUUUCGCAGUUUCUUAUUCUUCGCCUGCUGUACUGGAUGGAUCAAAGAAUGUGUUAUCUAAUAAUACUGAUGGUUCCUGUGUCAAACUUCGGUCAGCACCAGACAAAUCGAUUACAUACAAAUGCAAUGGAGAGUAUUCGGAAUAUUGUACAUUUGGCAGAAUCGUUCCUGAACAUACUGUAGUGAAAAUUUCGUGUAAUCCUGGCUAUUUUUUAUUGAACGGUGAUGGCAAUGAAACCACAUCGGUCUGUAUUGAAAAUAAAUGGAUUCCUACGCAUGUUAGAUGUCACAAAAUGUGUGACAGAUUGUACUCCAAUCAAUUGAAUGUCCAUCUUGAGUGCUUUCAAGGAAACAAAUCUAUUCCAUGCGUAGAUAAUUCAUUGAUAUCUGGCGCGAGAGUUCGUUCUUCUUGUAAAUAUGCGCAUAGAUAUGAAAAUUAUAAGAACACCUAUCAAGAAAUCAACUGUGGAGAAGAUGGGAAAUGGGAUGCUGCGUUGAUUCCUUGCAUUUCAGGUUGCGAGAAAACCCCGGAAAGUCAUUUUGAGGCACCAUGGCACGUUACCAUCCUGUAUGAUUUUGAAAAAUUGCUAGGAUGUUUUGGCACCAUCAUCAGUCCUCGGUUGAUUCUAACAGUGGAAUCCUGUCUAUUCUCAAUCGAUUUUCAGGGAGGAAAUGCUAAUGCAGCAGACUAUUCAGUUAUUGUGGCAAGAUACCCCAUGUACCAUCGAUUAUAUAAGGUAGCUGAAUUUCAAUAUUUCAAUCGAACCAAAUUCUCCUUUAGCAUAAAUCGCAGCCUAAAGCCGAUGAUCGUUGUUUUGAAAGAAGAACUAGAUUUCAAUUCUUUCGUUUCACCAGCUCAUAUUCAGUGGGAAAAUGCAAAAAGAUUGGAUAUGUGGAAUGGGACAGUAAAGGUACCUACACUGCGGCGACUGGAAUCGGGUAUGUUCAGUAGUCAUUUAAUCAAUAUACUUGCUACAAAACCAAUCACUAACAGCGUCAAUUUCUCAAGCCAUAUUGCGUGUAAAGAAAGAUGGGCAUACCCAUACUUUGCCAUUUAUUGGAUACACAAAUUAAGAAAUGAUACUGAAAUAAUCGGAAUCGGUGACACUUUUUUGUACGAUAAAAAUUUUAUGUGCCUAGAGUUUGAGAAUGAUUCAAGACAUAAAAUUGGAAGUGGCGUUGUAGUUGAAGAAAAUAACUGCAAUUUUAUUCGAGGAAUCAUUGGUUUUGACUUCGAUCUAUCAACGUAUAUUUCAGCACUAAAUGAUACUAUUGUAUUCAGUAAAGACCUCCAAGCACUUGCGAAUAAGUGCUCUGAUGAACCGCUUCCACCAAAUUUAUCUACUAAGAGUGAGGAAACUUUGAAAUUCUAUUGUAACAUGAUAAGUGGUAUGGCAAAAACAAUAAACACAAUCGGAAAUGAGCUAGAAAAGCAGCCGAAAAUUGCUGGAUUUAUCGAUAUAGCUGACUAUGUGGGUUGGAUUAAGAAGGUCCGCGAUGAAAUUGAGAAUCAAUAAUAUUAUUUAUGCAAGUAAUGGGAAAUCUGAAAUAGGUAGGCCUACUAUGUUUUCAACUAAGUAUACUGAAGGGUAUGAAAUAAUUAUCUACGUAAAAUUGUUUGUAUGUAUAUAUUGUAUUGUUUGUAGGAAUGUAUUUAUUACCUAUCUGAAUCUUGUAAAUUCGUUUUGUUUUUAAUAAAGAGCGUUUGAAGAAUAA